GUUGGUUGUUUGAUGUUGUCAUCAAGUUCAUUUAUCAUUAAGUCUUAACAUGUGUAUCAUUUUCGUGUACAAAUGUAUAAUAUCAUAUUUAUUCAAACUGUAGUAUCAACAAACACGACGCUUUACCAAAAUUUCCAACCUAAUAAUAUGUGCAGACGCAAUUUCAUGCUUGCAACAAAAUUAGAGUGGAUGAGUGGUUAAUCAAUAUAAAGAACUAUGUUGAAGACACAACAAAGAAACAGCGAAUAGAAAAGGUUCCAUCAAUGCUGCGUGAGGUUGAAUCCAACAAAAAAUGUUAUGUUCCUCUCGUAGUUUCAAUAGGCCCUUAUCAUCAUGGAAAUCCAGAGCUCGAAGCAGUAGAGAAGCUAAAAUUUAAAUUUGCAAAUCAAUUCUGCCUUGCCUGUGGUGAUCAAAUAUCUAUCAAUCAAUUAUAUGCAGAGGUGGCGAAGGUGGCUGACAGUGCCCGAGAAUACUAUGAGGAAGGCACAACUACAUGCUAUGACAAUGAAUCGUUCACCAAAAUGAUGUUUCUUGAUGCCUGCUUUGUGCUUCAAUAUAUGUACAUCUUAACAACGAUAAAACCAAAAGAAGAAGAUCAACUACCCACAAUGAAGAGUUACCUCAGUGCUUUUGUGUGGAGGGACUUGUUCUUGCUAGAGAAUCAAAUUCCUUUACUAGUACUAGAAGUUUUGUUGAAAUCCAGGUUCGGAGAUAAUACAGAGUUGAUUUCGGAUUUCCUUGACCUUUUCCCAAGGCCACCUGAAAAAACUUCAUGCACUAAUUUGGUCAAGAAAUUUGUCAAUAAAAGCUGCUGUGAUGCGGUCAAGAAAUUUGUCAAUAAAAGCUGCUGUGAUGCGGUCAAGAAGUUUGUCAAUGACCACUGUCCUGGUGGUCAAACAAACGACAAAAGAAAAUUACAAUUGGAUGCAAGCCCUCACCUUCUAGACCUAAUGAGUAAACAUCUCGCCGGCCUAGCUAAGCCUAAUCAUAAAGAGGGAACCAUGGAUGAAUCAGAUCAAUGGAAUUCCUAUCGUUCAGUAACAGAGCUCGAAGAAGCGGGAAUUCGUUUCAGAGCAAGUAAAACUCAUUGCGUUACUGAUGUAAUGUUCAAAGAUCACCUUGUUUAUGGAACUAUGAUGCUCCCUCCUUUGUUCGUUGAUGAUACAACAAAACCUUUGCUAUUAAACUUAGUGGCUUAUGAAAUGAGUCCUAAUGGCCCUCAUGAUUCUCACAUUACGUCAUACAUUUGGCUAAUGGAUUCACUCAUUGAUCAUGCCAAUGAUGUUAAAGAGCUCCGAAAGAAGGGAAUUCUUGUCAACAAUCUAGGCAGUGACGAACACUUGGCCACACUCUUUAACGAGAUAGCUGAUGGUUUGGUACCUGAUCCUUACGCAUAUGCAUAUGCUAAGGGGAAGAUUGACACGUAUUGCAGGAAUAAAUGCCGGUAUUGGAUAGCUGAAUCGAUGCACAAACAUUUCAGCAGUCCUUGGACCGUCCUUGCCUUUCUAGGUGCAAUUUUUGCCCUUGCCCUUAGUACGGGGCAGACAUAUUUUUCUGCUUUUCCACGAUCCUAAGGAGACAAGCAUCUCCUACAAGGAGAAGCUCUUCAUUUGCAAAUGUUUUUUU